UUUCUCAGCUGUUUUCAGUCAUCUUAACAGUGGGUUGAUGAUGAUAUGAAAUAUGACAUUAAUUCAGAUGAAGGAAAUGUACUGUUAAUGAUAUGUUAGCAUUAAUUCAUGAUGGAUAACAGAUCAGUAGUGAUGAAAUUGAUAGUGUGUAUUGUUCUCCUCAGUUGCGUUUGGUGUGAUGGCAUCGAUAUUGAUUUGUCCCGGUUCCACCCAGGCCCGGAAAAUCAUAGCGUCUUUAGAAAAUACUAUACUAUCACGGAGGAUUCCACUAAAAUAAACAUAACAAAUAUCAACGAUGAUGUCGGCAUGUUCAUCAUACAAGUGCACACUUUUGUGGAAAAUGUCACAUUAUCCACUAAUCUGGAACUGACCCUCCACUCUUAUGUGACUGGCACAAAUGUAGGAUUACUUUGGGGAUCAGACGAAAGUAGUUCAAUGUUUUAUGUAUUGAGGAAUAUUGCAGUGCAAAAGGAAGUGAGAAUACUGUUGGUUGUAACACUGUAUGACGAAUAUGACCCCGUACCAGGAGGAUGUAACUUGAGUUUUGACACACCUGUUGCUCCAUACCAAGUAAUAACAUAUAAUGAUGAAUAUUUAUCAGUAAAUAGUCAAGCCCCUUCGGCAUACGGGGUGAGCUGUGAUGAAGACAGGGUAGAAGUGGCUAUGUUUCAUUUAUACCUACCUGAAUAUGACAAUAACAAUGAAACUUAUUUUCAUGGGAUUGAAAAAAUGUUGACGGUGAAGAAUAUUUUGAAGUAUGGUACUCAAGUCUCUGUUCCGGAGAAUUACUUCAAGUAUCGUAGGCUGUACAGCUCUUAUAAAGGGACGGGGGAGGUAUUCGCAAUUGUUGCGACGUAUAAUAACAAAAGUGCAGCUUAUGUGCCAGCGGUGUCAUAUGGGUGUGAUUUACUAAAUUGGCAACAAAGUUGCAUGGGACCAGUUACUGACCAUUGGAAACUCAGUAUGGCAGUGCAAGUCAUUUUUGGACUAUUUGUUUGUUUUAUGGGACACAAAUUCUUCAGAAUGACAUUAUACAUGAUAGGUUUCACGUUUGGAGUUUUGAUAACCUAUUUGACAAUAUCACUGGAAGAAAAUUUCACUACAACUGAAAGAGCAGUGACCUCGUUCAUAAUAGGUUUCAUGUAUGGAAUUGUCUGGAUGUUCUUCUGGUGGAAAUUUGGAAUACCAUUGCUCUCUGUUCAUUUAGCGUUUUUAUUAACAGGAUUUCUGAUCGCAUCCAUAGUGUUCUAUGCAGGCUUAGCUGAUAUACCUGUUUUUACCAAUGGAAUGAAUUUUUGGGCAACGUUCGUUAGCAUAAUGUUGGUCAGCCUCAUUUUGCUGAUUCCUUUCACAAUGUACGGUCAUAUUUUCGCCUGCAGCUUCCUCGGAUCGUAUGCUUGCAUUACUGCUCUGAAUUAUUAUGUUGGUGGAAAUUUACAAUACAUCAUCAUAAAUACAUAUCGAAGAGUAGCUGUGAAAAACUUCAAUUAUGCUGUGAUUGACCCACCAUUUCAAAUGAUUGAUACACUCCACUCUCUCUUAUGGAUAUUAUUGCUCUUAUUUGGAAUUUUCAUCCAAGUACGUGAUCAAAGGGGUAAACCUCCAUUUCCACCCAAUCGAAAUGAAGUUAUAGAUGCAGAAAGAAUCACAGAAAGAACAUCAUUGAUUCGUGCAGAAGUUCCACCUCCAGAAUAUACGUAGAUUCUCGAACAAUAUAUGAAUUCGCAUGAGAAAAAAUGGUGCCUUUAUAAUUAUAUAAUUACUAGUUAUAGUGACUGUAUCCUUGUGAAUUCAAUAUUUUUUAAUGUACUACUGAUGUCUUAUGUAGGGUAAGUUAUUUUAAACGAAAUUGAUAUUCUCAAUCGAGAUCUAUGUAACUUCAUCGAAAUAUAUUGAACAAAUUUUUAUACU